AUGACAACUUCACAGGAUACUCAUUUACGAGGAAGAUUGCUUUCCCUUGGAGUAUCAGUAUUAAUUGCAAUCGCUUCAGGUACUCCUUAUUUAUAUGGAGUAUAUUCACCUCAACUAGUUAAACGAGUUGGUCUCACUACAUCUGAUUCUGCAACCAUAUCCCUUUCCAUUACAAUAGGUACAAGUGUAGGUGGUUUGUUUGGUGGGUUUUUAAUUGAUCAUUUUGGUCCCCAACGUAGUAUCAUGAUGGGUUCAAUAUGUAUUUUAUUCAGUUAUUUCGGAAUGCAUAAAGUUUAUGAACAUAGAUAUGCCAAUAUGUGGGUUAUAUGUUUAUUAAUGAUAUUGGCUGGACUGGGAUCAAUAACAGCUUUCUUUUCCACUAUUAAAGCAGCAACCGCGAAUUUCCCAAAUCAUAGAGGUAGUGCCGCGGCAUUACCAGUAAGUGCAUAUGGAUUUGCCGCAACUAUAUAUUCAUUCAUUGCAGCUACGUUUUUCAGUCAUAGUGCUGGGGAUUUAUUGUUAUUUUUGGCAAUAUUUUGUGGAUCAGUAGCAUUUUUUGGUUCAUUCUUUAAUGUUGAUCCAUUUAUCACGCAAGAGGAUCAACUCUCUUUACUUACUGAACAAUCCUUUGAUCCAGAACAAGCACUGGAUGGAGGUUCAAUACAACGGACAGAAUCUUUAAGUGGAUCAUUAGCAUUCUGGGGUAUAGGUGAACGUACUCCAGGGGCAACUUCAGAAUCAGAAGCAUCAAGUUUAUUAUCGAUUGGUAAUUCAACCAUAACCCCUCAACAACCACCACCCUCAGCUGUAUCUUCAAUAAAACCUCCAACCAGAGAGAAUACAAUCAAUGCUUUGAGUAUAUCUAAUCCAAACUUAUCAUCUCAAGUGUUGCAACUUAAAACUCAAACAGCAACACAAACCCAAACAGGCUCAUCAUCAGCUGCUGCAUCUGCCACCACCACACCAUCUCCAAUAUCAACCAAUUCCUCCAAGAAAUCAAAAGCCCCAUGGGCAGUAAUGAAACGUCGAUUAACCGACAAAAUAUUCCUAACCGACUACCUCAUAGUCUCAAUCAUCAGCGGAAUAGGACAAAUGUACAUCUAUAGUGUUGGAUUCAUCGUCACCGCCCAAUAUUAUUAUGGAAAACAACCAACCACUCAUAUCAAAAGAGGUGGUGGAGGUACACCAAUUGACCCGCAUGCAGAACAUCUUCAAGCAAUUCAAGUGUCUGUGAUUUCAAUUGCGUCAUUUUCCGGCAGAUUAAUUGCCGGAUUCGUGAGUGAUUAUUUACAUAAACGAUUUCAAAUCCAACGACUUUGGAUCGUACAAUUCACAAUUAUAUUAAUGAGCGUGGGACAAUAUCUUUUGAUUGUGAAUGUGUCUAAUCAUUUAUUGGUGGCGGUGACAUCGGCUAUUGUUGGGGGUUGUUAUGGAUUGGUGUUUGGAACAUAUCCUGCGAUUAUUGCUGAUAAAUUCGGGACUAGGACUUUUUCAACAACUUGGGGUUUGAUAUGUACUGGACCUUUGAUUACUUUAUAUGUGUUGAAUAAAUAUUUUGGAAAGAUUUAUGAUGGAAAUACUGAUGCAAAGACUGGGAUUUGUUAUUUGGGUAAUGGAUGUUAUAAACAAGCAUUUGAAUUGAGUAUUAUAUUAUGUUUUGCGGUAUUUUUCAUUAAUUUAAUUCUUAUUUAUUAUCAAAGAAAGAAGAGAAGGUAA